GUUCCUGUGGCAGGGCAGAGCCUGAUGUGCCUGGCCCUCUCCUCCUGUGGUUCCAGGGAAAGACAGAUCUGGCUCCAGGCAGCCUGCGCCUGCCCUUCGCGGGGAAGGGCGACAUGGAGCGUCUCUGGCUGCUCAUCCUGCUCUCUCUGGCAGAGCUGUCCCAGGCCCACAACACCACAGUGUUCCAGGGCACAGCCGGCCAGUCCCUGCAGGUGUCCUGCCCCUACGACUCUUUCAAGCACUGGGGGCGACGCAAGGCCUGGUGCCGCCAGCUGGGUGAGGAGGGCCUGUGCCAGCGGGUGGUCAGCACCCACCGCUCGUGGCUGCUAUCCUUCCUCAAGAGGCGGAAUGGAAGCACGGCCAUCAUGGAUGAUGCCCUGGGGGGCACACUCACCGUUACGUUGCGGAAUCUUCAAGCCCAUGAUGCUGGCCUCUACCAGUGCCAGAGCCUGCGAGGUGGUGAGGCCGACACCCUCGGGAAGGUCCUGGUGGAGGUGCUGGCUGACCCCCUUGAUGACCAGGACCUCUGGAAUCCCGAGGAGUCCGAGAGCUUCGAGGAGGCUCAAGUGGAGCACAGCGUCUCCAGGAGCCUCUCAGAGAAGGUGAUCCCUUUCCCUCCCCCGUCCGUCAUCCUCCUGGCCUGCAUCUUUCUCAGCAAGCUUCUAGCCGCCGGCGCACUCUGGGCUGCAGCCUGGCACGGGAAGAAACGGGGGACAACCCAGGCCAGGGAGCUGGACUGUGGCCACGAGCCGGGUUACCAGCUCCAAACCCUGACAGGGCAGAGACACAGGUGAGAGAAGAGGAUCUCCGUGGAAGGAAAAACCCAAGAGAGGACUGGGGGGACCUCCCCUGCCUGCACACUUGCCCCUCGACCACAAGGACUCCUGG